CGUUAACCGCCAGUGCCACACAUGACGCCGUUCCGGAGAGACGCGUCGCGACGCUUAAAAAUGACGCACGCGGACACGCGCCACUCGUCCCGUUUCGCGCCACCGCCACCGAAAUAAACCUCGAAUUUGCGGUCAUUUUUCCUCGUCAAUCUCUUCCUCCCGUUCGAAGGCCUACACCACACCAUGAACCGGGCGUGAGGCAGGUUUGCGGUAAUUAAUAGCGACAUAAAUCAAGCCCGCAACCAUUGUCGGAGGGAUACGCGUUCGAUAGGAGGUGGUGGCGGCGGCGGCGGUGGCGGGCUCCUUUUGAAUUUGACGGGAAGCGGGACCGGGAUAACUUAACAGAUCGAUAAACCAUAAAACACCUAAAUUACAACACGGGCCCUAAUCUAUUGCGACGCUGCAACAAUAAAACUAACUCCGGGAAGUGAAACCUUUUUUCCGGGAAGAGCUUCGGAGGGUUGGAUUAAAAAUUGUGCUAAUAGCGAGUCGUGCCAUAAAUACACAAAUGAAAAUUAAUCGGUUUUGUGCUCCGUUUCUGCACGCGAGUUGAACACAAAACAAAAAUGGAAAACGUGUUUUACAAAACGACGAUAAUACUCUACAACACGACUUCGAAAAACACAACUGAAAGCUCCGAUUCCGACACCGUCAACAACUGGUGGGCUUUAUCGGCCCUCAUCCUCGCCGUCGGCACCGCUGCCGGCAACAUCCUCGUCUGUCUUGCGAUAUGUUGGGAACGUCGGCUUCAAAACGUCACCAACUACUUCCUCAUGUCUCUAGCCAUCACCGAUCUGAUGGUCGCCAUCCUCGUCAUGCCCUUAGGAAUCCUGACCCUGAUCAGGGGCUAUUUUCCCUUGCCUUCGAUAUACUGCCUGGCAUGGAUCUGCCUGGACGUACUUUUUUGCACAGCCUCGAUUAUGCAUUUGUGCACCAUAAGCGUCGAUCGAUACCUCUCGCUCAGCUAUCCGAUGAAAUUCGGAAGGAACAAAUCCAGGAGGAGAGUCAUACUCAAGAUAGUUUUCGUCUGGCUGUUGUCGAUAGCCAUGAGCUUACCCUUGAGUCUCAUGUAUUCCAAAGACCAGGGCACUUUAAUAAAAGACGGGACGUGUCAAAUUCCCGACCCGUUGUAUAAACUUAUCGGUUCCAUCAUCUGUUUCUACAUCCCUUUAUUGGUCAUGUUGGUCACUUAUGCCCUAACUGUGCGUCUCCUUGCACACCAGAGGCAGAAUCUGGGGACUCCGGAUUGGUCCAGCAACUGGAUGGGAGGACCCUCGGCUCUAGAGCGGCGCUGUACUUGGCGAAAACUCCUAACAAAAGCCAAACAAACAACUCCUCAACACGGCCAUCAUUCGGCCGCUUCGACAGACACCGAACUAACAACAAUCGAUAACCACGAAUUAUGGAUACAAGAGUCGGAACCAACACCCUGUACCAUGUCCGCUUUGGGUCAAUUCGGCGCCGAAAUGCUCAAACUUUCCCGGGGACUGGAAGCCGCCUCCCACCUGGGGACCCCUCCGCCAAGACCCUCCCCGGGAAAAACUAUCCUCAAAAUAAGCUCCGGUGACAGUCUGGCCGACUCGCAUUCCUCGUUACUGACACCGGAGACGUCCCCGUGGACCUCCAAGAGACGUCGCGCUUCGACCUUCCACGAAGGCGACACCCGGGACGAAAGUCCUUCGCCGAGAUGGCGGAAAAGAGGCUCGAGCUUUCAUGAACCGAGGUCAUCAGACGUCUCAUCGGAGCUUUCCUCCGAAGCGACCGAAAGCUCCACUUUUCCGCUACCUCCACCUUGCACAUGCCCCUAUUUCGGGGAAAAACAAGCCGACAAAUCGCCGCCACCCAAACCGGCAGAAGUCAAAAUUAUACCAGCGACAAAACUGGCACUGGAAGUCGAAAAAUCGCCGCUGAAAAAAUCGCUCCGGAACCGCAGCAGCGACUCGUCGCCGAACAACAUCGUCGUCACCUGGGAGGCUUCCAGGAGAAGCCAUCGACGAGGUUCAAGUUUCGGCAAUACGAAGACUACAAUCCUGAGCAAUUCCACUCAGCGCACUCCUCUCCUGCUGCGCCGUUCGGCGACGCUUCGCCAGAACGGCCACGGGGGAACGACCCUCAAAGAUAAGGGCAAAAACCCAUCAUCCCCUUGUCUUCUGCAGAGGUACAACUGCAAUAACGCCGCCACGACGACGAAAAGCAUCCGUUCGCACCACUCAAGAAACUCUUCCGUCAUUUCGAGGAAUUCUUCGCGCCACGGAAGAAUCAUCCGUUUGGAACAGAAAGCGACCAAAGUGUUAGGUGUAGUGUUCUUCACUUUCGUGAUUCUGUGGGCACCUUUCUUCAUUUUAAACUUACUUCCGGCGUUCUGUUCCGAGUGCGAUAAGAAUCUCGAUAAUUGGGUGGUGCAGUUGGUGACGUGGCUGGGUUAUGCGAGUUCGAUGGUGAAUCCGAUUUUUUACACAAUUUUCAAUAAAGUCUUCAGACAGGCGUUUAAAAAGGUGUUAACGUGCAAAUAUCGCAAGACGGCUUGGAGACCGCACAGGUGACCGCAAGUGAAAAAAAUGUGUAAAAAAAUUCCAGCACAGCACUGAAAUCUAAUUGUGAUAAAUCUAGUGUUAAGGAUAACAAAAUCGGUUCCGACGAACCGUAAAAAUGGGGGAAAAAAUGCUUUCAAUGAGUAAUCUACUAAUUAAAUUAAAAAACCAAAAAUCAUGUUUACAUGUUGUGUAACAGGUAGUUUUAGAGACACUUCCUACCGGCUGUAGCUCCUUCGUAGAAUAAAUUGUUCGCAGA